UCGCUCUUUGUCGCACACAUCCACAAUUGCUUGCGCAAACAAGCUACAGCCACAACUUGCGCGUAGCCCUUCUUCGACGCUAGAUUACUGUGCAGUUGCUGUUCAUGGUUCCCCACUCCAUCGGUACUAUCAUCCGACUUGCUAAACGGUUGUCUUUCACUUGUCUUGAGCCUCCAACUGCAGCGUAGAUUGCUGAUGGAUUGGUGAGAGGCCAAGACUAUCUCACUCCACGCGUAGCUUGCAUUCAUAAGCCUGGGACUUGGUCGAUCUUCUGCGCAAAGCAUCCCUAGACCCUCCAUCAUCGACCUGGAGUUAUUUGCCCUAACUCCACUACCCCAGUCUACCACCACUUUACCUGGAGUUGCCCCAGCCUGGUCGAUUGCUUCUACCGCAGUCUGCGACGCCUCUUUCAUAGUAGACUGAAGCCAUACCACAGCCAUGGCGGAGCAACUGCCCCCAGAAGUCGAGCUUUCGUACGCCCAUAUCAUCGACGAGAUCCUGUCCGCCAGCGACUUGAAUACCAUCUCCGCGAAGCGCAUACGGAAGGGCCUGCAGGAGCGCAUUGGUCAGGAUGUUAGCCACCAGAAGGACGCCAUCACGGCCCUCAUCAUGCAGCGGUUCGACAAGUUCAACUCGCGCGCGCCCACUGUUCCCAACCCCCAAGAGCCAGUUCACACUGUUGAACCCGGCGCGAAACGCAUACAUGGCGACACGCCUUCUGACGCGUCCGACAAGAAGCGCUCUCCCGACUCCGAGUCCGCGCUCUCCGAACUCGAGGAUGCAGCUCCCCCGAAGAAGAAGGCCAAGAAGAGCAAGACAGCCGAGGACGAGGACGCGGCGUUUGCAGCACGGUUACAGGCCGAGGAGAAUGCGCGGACAAGACCCACGCGAGGCGGAAACACGCGCAAGAAAGCGCCAGUGCCCAAGAAAAAGGCCAAGAAGAAGAGCUCGACGAAGGUCAAGGACGAGGAUGACAGCGACGUGGCGUCCGGCAGUGGCGCAGAGAAGAAGAGCCCAAGCCGGAAGGGAGGGUUUCACAAACCCAUGGCCCUCUCCCCCGCGCUCUCGGAGCUCCUCGGCGUAACCCAGCUCUCGCGUCCCCAAACCGUCAAGAAGAUAUGGGAGUACGUCAAAGAGCGCGACCUCCAAGACCCCAGCGACAAGCGACAGAUCCGCUGCGACGAUGCCAUGCGCGCCGUCUUCAAGCAAGACCGCGUGCACAUGUGUACCAUGAACAAGAUCCUGGGUCAGAAUCUCUACGCCGUGGACGAAAUUACGUCCUAGGCGCGACCUUAAAGCGUCUUCGAGGCUGGCUCGCUGCACAUGCAUGGCUUUGUGUAAUUUGUCAAUUGCACUGUGCAUGAGCUCGCUCAAUAACAGAUAGUCAAUGGCUUUUUUUUGUGUUCUCUCUUUGGUUUAGCAGCAUGGCGCAUCGGUGAUGUUUGGCAGCGCGCAUGCAUCACAGGCUCGUGACGGGUCCAUCGUUUUCUUUUUUUCUCAUUUCGUUUCUUCUCGCAUUGGGAGCGGAGCGAGACACUGGAGCAGGGAGGGAGAGACGGGCUGGAAGCAGGUGGGUAAAGUGGCAGGACUUGGAUAGGGGGGCGAAGUAGCGAUGAGGAGGACGAGAAGACACUCGAUUGAGGCGUAUAGUGAGUGUCGUGCAUAGUCAAACAUGUAAAUGACCAGACAAGUCCAACU